GUGCUCACCAUUACAGUAUUUUUGACAACUUCCCUAUUAGCAAAACAAAAUUAUGCCUCAAAAUAGACUCCCUCCUUUAACCCGUCUAACCCCCACUCCAUUCCAACGUCUUUCUCCAUUUCCCAUAGAAUCCCUCACCACCAAUAAAAAUAUCGAAUACGAUUGGUAUGGAGGUUUUGAUCAUCGGAAAAUAAUUACUGAUGCGACUUCUUUCCUCUCUUCUCACAUUUCCCUCUCAGCUUCAUGCAUGUCCUUUACCCUUUCCGAUUUCUUCAAUAUCGCUCGGAAAUACUGUACUGAGCACGAAAGAAUUCCAACCGAGGCCUGUUGGUUUACAAUCCGUCUUACCAAACCAAGUGAUGUGUUUGUAAUGCCUAGAUGGCAUCAAGAUGGGAGGAUGUUCGACUGCACCUGUCUUCAUCCUCGUUCUGAACACGAAAACGAGGGUUCCAGCAGCGAGACUAGGAAAGAAAAGGCAAUUCAUAGUAAAUACGCUGCCACACUCCUCGGCCCUUGUACUCGACUGCUUCCAGAGACUUCUCUUGUUAGAAGUACUCUGGUUGAGGUGGCAGGUUUGAGUUAUGAAGAAGAAAGGAUUCAAUUGGCAAAGCGGUUUGAGAACGAAGAAUGCGUUAGUUUAGUGGUGGGAGAUGUAAUACGGUUUACUUGGGGAGAUGAAGAUUCACCUGUUCAUUCGGAGCCAGAUAUCAGUUGCAGUGAUAGAGUGUUUGUUAGUUUGAUGUUUGGCAGUAAAGAGGAGCUUAGAGACAUGUGCAAGUUGCGGGAUAUGGAAUUUAAAGAGUAAAAGAAGUUUCUCACAUUAAAGAGUCAACGACGCUUUUUAUUCAGGCCCACUUCACUUUGUCAAAACUGCUCUUUGUUCUCGAUACGUACAAAAAGGCGGCGAGACUGAGAAAGCAGAUAGAGCUGAAGGAUAUGCCGGGCCUUUGUGUUCGUUGAAAGACCCUAUGAUCCUCUUUUAUUUUUGAGAAGAAGUAAAGAAAGAUGAGACAUGCAAUAAGUAAACA